AUGACCAAUUUGGUCCUGAAAUCGGGCCUAACCAAAUCAGACCCGCAAACAACCCCUGUACUGAUAAUAGGGCAAACGAAGCACCUCUCUCAGCUACGUUUCAACGAUAUCAGACCCAAACUGGAACCCAGAGUCAGCGAAGAAACAUUCAAAUUAGCAGUUGCAAGUUUGCACCCCUCGCCCACUGAUACCCGAUCUUUGUGGCUCAAUCUUGCCACCGUUGCGGCUUUGCCUUUGAAAUGUAGCAGGCAUAAUACACCUUCGAGAGCGCACGCCAUUACUAAAAUUGUUCAGAGUUCUGUUUAUGGAGAUUCAGUUGAAAGUAUUGUGAUUAUCUGUGAAAAAUCUGAUGUAUAUGCAAGUGCCAGUGCAGUCGCGAGAGCUUUUCCUCUCUACUCCAAAAAGUCGACUGAAUCGAAUGAUGCUGACAAACCAACAGUUUCUCUAGAAUUUCUAAUAGUCCUGAGCAAUGGAGUGUCAGCACCAGAAGCCAACGGGCAGCUCACUGAACCUGAGCUGCAAUGCCUAGAAAAUGCAGUCACAGGAAUAAGAUUAGCUGCCCGAAUUGUAGACACGCCUUGCAAUGAAAUGAAUGUUGAUGACUUUUUAAUGGAAGUCAAAGCCAUCGGAUCUGCUUUAAACAUCGAGCCAAAAAUCAUCAGAGACCAGGAGUUGGAGAAGAAAGGCUUUGGUGGCAUUUACGGCGUGGGCAAGGCCGCCCAAGUGCCUCCAGCCUUAGCAGUGCUGAGCCACACUCCUGAAGAUGCCACCCAAACCAUCGCUUGGGUAGGAAAAGGCAUAGUUUACGACACAGGCGGUCUAAGUCUUAAAGGCAAAACCGCAAUGCCUGGAAUGAAGCGAGACUGUGGCGGGGCUGCAGGAAUUUUAGGUGCCUUCUAUGCUGCUGUUAAAAAUGGUUUUACUGAAAACUUGCACGCUGUUUUUUGUUUGGCGGAAAAUGCGGUGGGACCGAACGCGACUAGGCCAGAUGAUAUUCACACUUUGUAUUCGGGGCGUACAGUGGAAAUUAAUAACACUGAUGCUGAAGGCCGGUUGGUGUUAGCUGAUGGUGUUGCGUAUGCUAAAAAGGAUCUUAAGGCUGAUAUUAUUUUGGAUAUGGCCACUUUAACUGGAGCACAAGGUAUAGCUCUUGGUAAAUACCAUGGAGCAGUCUUAACUAACAACGGCGCAUGGGAAUCUACAGUGCAAAAAGCCGGCCUAUCCUCUGGAGAUUUAGUGUUUCCCAUUCCGUUUUGUCCAGAACUACAUUUCUCCGAGUUCGCUUCCGCUCUGGCAGAUAUGAAGAAUUCGGUGGCAGACAGAAACAAUGCUCAAGCUAGUUGUGCGGGGCUAUUUAUAGCAGCGCAUUUGGGCUUUGAUUUUUCUGGUACUUGGAUUCACGUGGAUAUGGCUUAUCCUGUUCAUGUUGGUGAACGAGCUACUGGUUAUGGGGUAUCUUUGCUUACAACACUAUUUGGGAGCUACAGUAAGCAGAGUUUGUUGAAAAAUAUUGCCCCUGAAAUAGUUACCAGUACAGAAAGUGCCUGUAAAAAACCUAGGAUAAUGUAA